CAAUAUGGUAAUGGUAUUGCACACAAGUAUGUUUUCGAUGUUUUGCAUUUUCGUAAAGACUGUUUAGCUAUCAUUAUUUGUUUUUUUUUGUAAACAUGUAAGACUUUAAACACGUUUAAUUGUUUUUUGGGGAUAAAUGGUUUGUUUAGUCUUUGAACAUUAUUAAGCUUAGAAAGUUAGAAUCAUUUGGCAACAAUCAGUGGAUGUAGGUAGAUGAAAUGGACUGGACAACAGCGAAAACGAAUGGACAUAAGAUUAAGCAACCGCAACAUCUAUAUAAUUGUUAAAAACCAAAUAUAUUACAACUCAAAUGAAAUGGACAUAUCCAACAUUACGUUUCUAUCAAUUUAUUUAAAUGAUAUUAUUAUCAUACAGCGCAGAAUACACCUCAUAUCGAUCGUCAAUACUGGCCUACAAUCAAAGUAGCCAUCAUCGAAAAUGUUGAUGCCUUAGCUACCAAUGCUUCAUCACUAUUGCCUAAUCUGGCAAAUGAUUGAAAUAUGUUGUAGUAUGUGAAUAAAGCAAACCCAAAUUGAAACUCUUGUUAGUGAAAGUUUGGGGUUGGAUUGGUUCCGAUAAACUAAAGUCAGAUUUAAGAAGAUAUUAUGAUUUAUAAAAAGUAAAAGUGUGAUUGAAAAUAGUAGAAAUUUUGUAUCAUUCACUUUUGCAUUAAUUUUUGCUUUUUAAUCAUUUAUUUAUUUUUCUUUUUCUGUUUAAUUUCUUUUAAUCAUUUAUUUGAAAUACUUUUAUAGGCACGAAAUACAGCAAAAUAAUCUUUUUGCAGUUUAUUAGUACAUCACUUUCGCCUCAGGAUCCACAAAAGCGUAAAAGACACUAUUUAUAGGUUCUUGGUUAGUUCAAUAUUUUCAGAUUUUAUUUAGUUAGUUUUUAGAUUUUUAUCAUAUAUUAUUAAUGGUUUCAGAUCAGUGUAGGAUAUAUCCUACAUAAAGUCCAUACCAUAGUUUUACCCCCCCAAAAAAUACAUACCAUAGUUGCUCUGCUUCGUCAUUCAUCGUUUGUAAAAUAUAUUUUAAAAUAGUUGAUUUUCCAUGAGGUCAUCCAAUAAGUUUAUUCUGCUGAUUUUGUCAACCAUAACUCUCAUCAGUUUAGUUACAGAGAGUCGAAAAACAAUACCAUCUCAAGAGAAGAAAAGAGAGUUGGAGAAACUUCUCAACCAUAUCAAUAAACCUGCGAUCAAAAGUUUCCAAAGCAAACAUGGUUAUAUACUGGAUUGCAUUGACAUUCAUAAGCAGCUAGCCUUUGAUCAUCCUUUGCUCAAGAACCAUUCUGUUCAGUUAAAGCCUACAACUAUACCUAAAUGGACAAGAGAUAACAAUACUUCUCAAAAAUCAACUUCUCUUCCAUUUCGACAAGAAGAAGACAUAAUUUGUCCACCUGGGACUGUGAUUAUUAAAAGAACUACACUUGAAGAUCUUAUACAAUUCCAACGUUUAGAAUCCUUAGGAUUGAAACCAACUUCAAAGGACAGGAACGAUGAUCCACCUGGUCAUUAUACUGCCGUUGCUCAAUACUAUGCACUCAAUUUUGGUGGAAAGGGAAACAUUAAUGUAUGGGAUCCCCAAGUCGAGCCUGAUCAAUAUAGUCUUUCAAGUUUAUAUGUCCAAGGUGGCAGUAGAGAAGACUUUGAGACCAUCUCAGCUGGAUGGAUUGUGUCCCCGAAACUGAACCAUAAUCAUAGUAGCUUAUUUAUAGCCUGGAGUGCAAACAAGAAAGGUUGCUACAAUACAUUAUGUCCCGGGUUCGUACAAGUGAGCCGCAAGUUCCCACUAGGAAGUGUUGCCAGACCAGUUUCCAAGUAUGGUGGUAAACAAUUUCAUCUAGAAAUCAGCAUAUAUCAGGAACGUCUGACAAGAGAUUGGUGGUAUGUGCUAAAGGGGGAGCCAGUUGGGUACUGGCCAAAUCCAUUGUUCAGUUAUAGUGGUUUAGCCGAGGGUGCAGAUCAUGUUUGGUGGGGAGGAGAAGUUUUCAGUGCAGAUAAAGAUAGAAUAAGCCCAAUCAUGGGAAGUGGAUUUGUCCCGCAAGAUGAUUUCGGAAAAGCAGCUUAUAUCAAUGGUCUUAGAGUGAUCGAUCGUUAUACAAGAAAAGUUAUGAUGCCACCAGCAAAAGAUUUAGUAGUAUACGCAAGCAGUCCAACUUGUUAUAACGUCAAAACGAUAUCACGUCGUGGUGAGUAUUGGUCUAGGGCUAUAUUCUAUGGAGGACCUGCAGGAUGCACUGAUUAACACCCUUAUGCUUCUAGACUCUAUUAAUUAUGUAAUUUCCUUCUUUUAGACUCAUCUCCGUAACGUUUACCGUCGAGCUCGUAGCACAAAAUGUCCCUUUAGGAAGGAAGUGAAUUACAAAAGUAUUGUUGGCACUUUUUUAUGUAUUUGGAUUAACUUUUUGGCACUAUAUUAGUUGCCAUGAUUUCCUCCAAUAAGCCCCAUCUGCUUGCUUUUGAAGUUUUGAGCAUUGGCUAGUUUAUUGCUUUGGUUUAUCAGAAACAUAUUUGGUUUAUUCUCUGAUCAGAACAAGUUUAUUUCUUUGCAUAUUUGUAGACUGGACAUGGUGAUGUAUUUGAUUGCAUUAACAUUUUUGUUUUUAACACAGAUAGCAUUAAUAUUUAUUAGCAGCUCGCCUUUGAUCAUCCUCUGUUCAAAAACCAUUCUAUUUACGUUUCUAGUCUAUAUAGCAAGUUACCUACUUUUGGACGCAAGUAGAAAUUCUUACAAGAUUUAAUUUUCUGUAUAGAUUAGCAUUAGCUAAUUUUAUAGCUGAAGGAGAAACGUAUUUUUUUCAGUAUUAAUAUACAGAAUUAAAUUUCAGAUCUUUUUUUUUCCUUUGAACUUUCUGUGACCGUUAAUAAUAUAAGUCCAAGAUAAAAUAAGUUUGAUAAUUUAUUAUAACUAGGUGAUUUUUUCGUGCUCAUGCACGGGUAUAAACUUUAAUUUGCACAUAUAUUUUAUAAAAUUCGUAUAUUUGAUAUAUGUUGUUUUAGAAAAAAUAGGAAAAAUAUAUUAAAUCAAGAUUCCAUAAACAUAACUUGUAUUAUUUUUAAAGUUCAGACACAUUUAUGGAUAUAUAAAACAAUUAAAUCAUAACAAUUUUUUUAUUUGAUUCUUCAUAUUUUGAUUAGUUUGCUUAUUUAUGUUUUGGUAUAUUGGGUUCUAUUUUUUUUCAAAUGACUCAAAAGAUUUUAUUACAAUUAGACUAAAAUAAGAAUAACAUUGUUAGUAUUGAUUAUUGAUUCAUAAGAAAGUUACACCAAAAACUCAUAUUAAAAUUUUCAUUCUAACAUUGUUUGAAUUGUUUAUUCAGUUUUAAGUUAGUAAUUAUCAAAUAAAAAUAAAAAUAAAAAUGAUAUUAUAUGAUAAUGUUUUUUUAUUAAAAUUAUAAUCAUUUAUUCAAACUAAUAUUCAUCAUAAAAAUAUUUUUGUUCUUGUUUAUUAGCCUUACAUAUUAAUACAUUUAUUUGGUUUUAAAAUACAUUAAAAUAGUAACAAAAUCUAAUUGUUUGUUUUU